CUAUUACGAGCUCAUACAGAGCUACCUGAGAUUUACAAACCGCUUAUAGCCAAAUUUUGGCCUGGCCCAUUGAGUAUCGUGCUACCUAAUACGCCGGAGUGUCUUGUUUCCCCGAUCGUAACGGCUGGUCAGGACACUUUUGCAGUGAGAUUCCCUGAAAACAAAGUGGCACGUGCACUUAUUCAAUUUUCAAAUAUACCUUUGGCGGCACCUUCUGCUAAUGCAUCUACAAAGCCAUCGCCAACCACAGCUGAACAUGUGCUAGCAGAUUUAGAUGGAAAAAUCCCCCUGGUCAUAGAUGGUGGACAAUACACUGUUGGGUUGGAGAGUACUGUCGUUGACGGAAGGGUGGACCCUCCUAUGUUACUAAGACCUGGUAGAGUUAGUCUUGAGGAAAUUGCAAGCGUUGGUAAUGGAUGGGAGAAAAUAGUUUUGGGUAAGAAAACGACUGGUCAAUACGAGAAGGUGCUUACGCGUGGAAUGAAAUAUAAGCAUUAUUCUCCAACUGCUAGAGUUGUGUUGUUUGAAGGGUAUAAAAAUGCUUUGGAGGCGAUAAGUGAGUACAGAAAGGGACAUGAUGUGGAGGGGAAGAAAAUUGCAGUUUUAAGGUCAAAGUAUUGG